AGCCGUCUCGCAACUUUCUCCGCUCUCGCUUCCAAAACUGCGUUGCGCGCGGAACUCCGGACCGCUUCAACUUUUGGAGUUGCUCGGCUGCCGUUUCUCCGCUUUCGCCCUUUCCGAGACACGCGUUACUUUAUUAUUAUUAUUUUUAUUUUUAUUUUUUUUUUGGUUUCCACCCGGGAGCAACAGCUCAAACCAACCUCCGCCCCGGCUACUGUUUCUGCGGACCGGGGGGGUCCCCUUCUCCGCAUCGCCAUGCGAGCCCAAUUCCUUCUGACGCUUGGCAUCGUUCUUUACCUGCGGCAUGAAGCCAUCAUGGCAAGACUUCCUCAAACGCAGGACCCCAUGAUACCAGAUGAUGACACCGAUCAAUACUACACUGUUUACGGGGACCACGAAUGCAGGAAGUGUCCACCAGGGACUUUCGUCCUUGAUGCAUGUCGUGUCCCCAGAACUGAAGGGACUUGUCAACCCUGUGAAAACAACACUUAUUCAAAACACUCAAAUUCCUUUGUUUCCUGCUUUAGUUGCAGAGCCUGCAGGAUUUUAGAUGAAGUCGAAAUAAAAAAGUGUACUGCAACCACAAAUACCAGGUGUGCUUGCAAGAAUGGUACUUUCUGCUCACCUGGCCAGCCAUGUGAAACGUGCACUAAAUGUAUGACAAGCUGUGGUCCUGGAGAAAAGAAGGUGCAGGAUUGCACGCCUACAAGUGACAUCCAGUGUGUUCCUGAUACUACCUCAUCACCUCCAACAAAGUCCCCUGGACAAGGAGAUCACUUGGUCUGGCUUUUUGUGCUUGUUCCGGUGCUGUUUGCGGUGGUUCUGGGCUUGGUGAUAUUCUGCUGUUGGAGAAAAAACACAAACUUUAGAGAAGUUUGCAUAGGUUUCUGGACCAACAAGCGUACCCAAUUCCUCCAAUAUCUGCCGAAGAAGUCCAGUCCAGAAGUAAGCGAAGAACAUGACAACAUGUUGAACACGCAAAGGAUGGAGAAAUCCAAAAUUCCUUCGCCCAGUCCUAGCACUGCCAAUGGACAAGCACCAGAAAUAAUGAAUCCGUUAAGAGCUUCCGCACCAGAGGAGGAAGGUCGAGAACAUGCAGUAAUGAGGAAAUUAGUUCCUAGAAAUUGCAACGACAAAACAAAAACUCUGAGUCAAUCUUUUGACGUCUUCAUCGACAAGGUGCCCCAGGAGUAUUGGAAGAGAUUCAUGAGGCUCCUCAAGUUGAGCGACAAUGAAAUUGACUCUGCAACAAUCUCUUCACAAUAUAAGAACGAUCAGUAUUACCAAAUGCUGCGGACCUGGCUGGACAAAAACGGUCAGGCAGCUACCUUGAAUGUUCUUCUGGAGGGGCUCAGGGACAUGGACUUAAAGGGUAUCGCAGAAGAAAUCACAAACAUUCUCCUUAAUAAGCAUUUGUACGUCUACGAAGAUUAGAUGCUUAGCCAGGUGGUCUCUUCUUGAAUCUAGUCUUUGACCGCCUGGCAGAAUGGUAAGGAGAAGAUGUUAUGUUGCUAGCUUCUUCUUCAAGUCAUCAAUUGUUUACAUUUUAAAAUAAUAAAAACCAGCACAAGGCCUUCUACUAUAUGUUGGUAGCUAGGAUUGUGCUGGACAUGAGACCCAAAGUCAAAAUAUGCUUUCAAAAUUAGAUGUGGAUUAUGCCAGGCAUAGUUGUCGCCCUGUCCUUAACAGGAAUGGUGUCCUUUCACAGACUUCGCCAAGUCACCCUUUAAUCUCAGGGAAAUACACCCUGGAGUUGAGGAAGUGCCAACAGCGUGCCAUGUAUGGCUUGGACUCUGUGCUUAGGUCCCUCUUCCUUUCUUUAGUCCACCUGGAUGGCACAACUGCUCUUUAAGCCCACCCCACCCCAAAGGAUCCAUCUCUUUAAAGAGGUGCCACGCAAAUUUGGCUUUUCAGAAAUUAUCAUGCUAAGAAAUAUUACUAUACCGGUGUUAUUUUGAAGGCUGUCCCAUUCUUUUCAGUACAAAUGAUGUUUCCUCCCCCGCCCGAUGAAAGUUAUUUUUGGUGGCCAAAUGGAUCCUUUUCAAUAUAAAUUCUGUAUUAUUAUUAUUUUUUUUACAAAAAAAUAAUUCGUCGUAGGUAAAUUUGGAUAGACUUGGGUCUUCUUUUGAAUAUGCUGUGAUCUUUGUAUAUAUGUAUAAAGUAUUUGGUUUUAAAUCUAGCUGCUAUUUAAAAUAAAAAUGAACCUCCAUGAAUAAGGACAAUCCUUUCACUUGAUGGGCUAGCAUUUGCCAUUGUGUUGAAACUGUGAAGCUUUUCAUGAGUUUUCUGCUGAAUUUAAUUCUCCUGGGUAGAGAGUGCCAAAUGUUUAAAACCGAUUUCUUGUAUCUACAUCUCGGGGGUACUAGAUGUCGAGGGGAGAAAUAGUCCUUCCCUUAAUUCCAUACAGCAGGAGUCCACAACCUGUGGGCCACGAACCACUAUUGGGACGUGGUUGGAAUACACGGCAAUGUAGUGUAUUCAGGUGCUCUCCUUAAGAGAAUUUCUUCUGCCAGGACUAGAAACAUUUUCUCUUCUUUCUCUUCAGUGAAAAUGAAGUAUCUCACAAAAAUGGAAUGCUAUGCCCAAAAUUAUUUUCCAUCUCCGUUUUUAGACAUGCCAUUAUGCAUGUCACCUAAAGAAAGGAUUGUUCUUAAAUGCACUUUGGAGGGUUUGUAGGAAUCUCUCUUCGGUAGUUUGAGAAGAGAGGCAGAAGGUUUUUCCAACUACUUGUUUACAAUUUAGUAUUAAUUGAUAUUCUACAGGGCAAGAUCCAGAUCCUCAGCAAGAGAAUUCGUAUAAUACGUUGAUGAAAUUGGCCCGAAUUGAUUGAUCUUUUUAAAAUAUCCUGUUAAUUUGAGUUCCUUAAAAAAAAAAACGUGCAUUGUGUAUUUGCUGCUCGAAGGUCAAAAUAGGAGCAUUAAAAAAGAAAUGUACUGAUCUUUACAGACGUUACCAAAAAAAAAAUCCCCAGUAAUUGAAGUUCUUUAAUUUGCAAGAUUCUAUUUCUGAUUUGCAGUAAACGUGACAAGGGUUUUUAUUUACGGCAAUUUUAAAAAACAAGCUUAUGAAUUUUUUAUGUUGUAAAUUAUUAAUCUGGGCCAUGAGAGAGGGGCGAUUUGGCCUAUCGCACUCCGCGUCUUUGCAAGCAAUUCUUCGAGGUUGUAAAUUGCGGAGCUCCGUUCUCGUUGUGCCUGUAAAGGUAUCGUAGUCUCUGUUCUCUCGGUCUCACCCAUCAUGCUGAAGGACAGCUUCCAUCGGUCCUUCUUCCUGGGGCUAAUUAAAAAUGCAAGAAAAUCACCCUAGGAGAGACAUGUCCCCCUUCCCCCCCUCCCAUUUUCUUCUCCCUGAUGAAAUUCUCUUGAAAAAAAUUCUCUCUGGGCACAAUGAGAAUUGAUCUGCUGAAUAAAAUUCCGCAUUGGUGACAGGAAGGGCAUCCGGCCAGUAAACACUCUGCCCAGACUCCACCCCACGAAGGAUUAUGGAUUAUGGAGUCGUUAAAAGGAGAUUAUAUCAAUAUUUUGGAAAUCACGGCAAGGUAAGGUUGCAUUCUUUGGCUCUUGGCCUUUGUAGAGGCAACUUGCUGGCAGCCAUCCUAACAGCUGGGCUAUUAAGCAUUCGAUCUGACCCAGCUGUGCUACAUUGGGCAGCUUCCUGGUGGUUUGUCCCCAUUCCUAGGGACUUCCUAGGGAAAGACACUCAUACAAUACUUCCAAAUAAGAGGAAGAAAAGCAGGGUUAGAUUGAUCUCCAAACCCCCAACCCCUUACAUUUAGGUGAAAACUCACUUAUUAGAAUUUUUUUUUUUAGAAUGGUCCUCUUUGGUUCCAUUAAAAAUUAUUAUUUUUUUAAAAAUAAAAAUAGAUUUACCCCCCUAGAUUUACAGAUAUGAAUAUUCCUCCCCCGACUCUUUUCGGGUUUGAACUGGGCUUGCAAAAUAAAAAUAAAAAUCAGGACUAAAGCAACUUUCAAGAGUGAGACUUUGGCAACGAGUGGAGCAGUUUUUUUUAAAAAAAAAAUCUCUUAAAAAGCUACAAUUUGGGGCAUGCUUCCUCUGAGCCUGCUAAUCGGUCCACCAGGAUUUAAACUUUUGGAUUAAAUUGGAAUUGCAAGAAAAGUUCAGUUGACCUUGACUUCACUGAGAUCUUUCAAUAUUUUGAUUUUUUUUUCCACCCCUUUUAUCUGUGAUAUCAGCUUUCCUUUGCAGCUGUAGUAGGUCAGCGCAUUCAGAUCCCUCUUGUAGGGUCCAAGGUGGCCCUGAAGUUGUGUAGAACAGGGGUCUCCAACCUUGGGAAUUUUAAGACUUGUGGACUUCAACUCCCAGAGUUGAAGUCAGCAAAGCUG